AGAGAGAGAGAGAGAGAGAGAGAGAGAGAGAGAGAGAGAGAGAGAGAGAGAGAGAGAGAGAGGUGAUUGCAGAUUGGUGGUGAUUCAAGUUGAGUGAAGGAGGAACCGAUCAGUUAUCAUGCCGAUCACACCGAUUUACACGUGGGAGGAGAACGAGAGGGUGGUGGUCAUUCGAAUACCACUGCAGGGGGUUAAUAAAAAGGAGCUGGAUGUAUCUUCAACGGAGUGGUUCGUGAGUGUGAAUUGCCCGCCCUAUCUUUUCCAGGUUGAUCUGUUUGGUGCAGUGGACGACAAAAAGAGCUCAGCAGUUUUGGACAAAGAGGGAGUGACUCUUUCUCUUGUGAAGAAGGAGGUUGGGAUAUGGGGUCAGAUAGCAGCCACAGGGUCAAAGGCGGAGUUGCUGACUCGUCGAUUAGCUUCAAUCGAACGAGCGAGAGAGAGAGCGGAGGAGGAAAAGAAGGAGAGGAGGACAAAGAAAUCGCAAACUGGCCGCUUCUUCGUGGAAAGGCAAAUGAAGCUGGAUGCAGAGAGGCGGCGUCUUCUGGAAGAGAGAAAGGAGGCAGAUCUCUCUGCCGCCAGGCACGACCUGUGGAAAUGGCGUGCAACGGCCGACACUCCCGAGCACGAAGACGAAGACGAAGGAGAGGAAGAAGACUUUUCUGGCAGAACGACGACGUCCACCUCUCCCCGUCUCCCUCCAACUCCUCGUCCUCUGCGACAAUCCCUUGGCGCGUUCGAUGAUGCUGCCACGUCAGACGAUUGUGAUCAGCAGUCCCCCUUGCGCACCAAUGGAUCUGCGGGUUUUGACCUUGUACCAGAGAAUGCCAAGCCCAAAGGGGAACAUGAUACAGCAGCAGCAGCAGCAGCAGGAGGAGGAGGAGGAGGAGGGGGAGGAGGAGGAGGAGAAUAUGCUGUUGAAUCGUCAAUAUACGACGGACUUGCAGGAAGGGGAGUGGGAGGUUCUUUUUUUUCUCAAGGGAAAAAGAAGACGCAGUCGAUUUUGUUGGAGGAUCGCAAAAAGCGACGGCCAAAGCAAACAGUUCGAUUCUCCGACGAAGUCUCCUCGGAUGCCUCUCUCGAGUCGCAUUCAUCAACUGGUAGAGAUGGAGGUGGUUUUGGGAGCCAUGACGAUGGCUGCGAUACAGCGAAGAAGAGCAGCAGGAAGUCAGCCACGCUGAAGCCUGUCGACGAAGGAGAGAGGGGUCAAUUGCAUCCUGUUUCUGUUACAGAUGAAACUCAGCGGCAGCCCGCACUCGCGCAGAAGCACUUGACAACGACGUCGCCUUCGAGCGACGCAGCUGCAGCACAGAGUGUGGUCCUUGGCUAUGGUGGAUAUGGCGGCUCGACUGGCGAGAGGGACGACUCCCUCGAGGAUGACGAUCUUGUGAGGGUGCGCAGCAUUGUUAGAGCGCGGACUGACGUCAACCGAAAAGUCUCGGAGGUGGAAGAUGAUCGUCGUCAAGACAGGGCCGCAGUUGGGAGAGAGAGAGAGCAAAGAGCUUCCCCUGCUUGUGAUCCGCCUUCCAGUGAAACUGUUUUUUGGGCUGAUUUGGGGAAGAAAGGGGGGUCACAGAGGAAGGUGGGAGGAGGAGGAGGAGGAGGAGGAGGAGGAGGAGGAGGAGGAGGAGAAGAGUUGCUGCGCCCUAUAUCUCAUCGACGGUUCAAAAUGUUCGAAGAGAAAGUGUUACCACCGCCUCGGAAUCUGGUCGUCAUUCGCGUCAGUUUCACGCCCAAAUGCCCGAGCCUUCCGGCGAGAGAGAGUAGAGAGAAGGAGAUUGAGUUGAAGUUGAAGAGAGAGCGUGAUGAGAAGGACAACGAGAGUGUGGACAUGGCAGAGCGGAUCCCGGUGUUUCUUAAAGAUAAAGGAGACGCUUUGUACAAACAGGGAAGCUAUGAGGGUGCCAUUCACGCGUACACGAGGGCCAUCGAGAAGAACAGCAAAAUGGCGCUGUGUUACGCAAACCGUGCGUCGUGUCGACUGAGGACUGGAGAUUACCAGGCGUGCGUUGAAGACUGUACCAAGGCUUUCGAGCUUUUGACCCAGGAGCUGUCAGAGUUGGAACAGAAAAGAGAGGAAGAAACUGAACAUGAUGGCCAAGGGGUCUACGGAUCGAUAGGAGAGAAGAGCCGCGAAUACUUGCGCGAGCAUCGCAAAGUAUGCCGAGUUUGUUGUGGUCUAGUUCCAGCCAACAUGGCCGAUCAACCUCCCGGCUUCGCUGCAGCAGCAGAGACUCCCUCCUCCUCCUCCUCCUCCUCCUCCUCCUCCUCCUCCUCCUCCAUUAUGGCAGCAGCAGCAACUCCUUCCUCCUCCUCCUCCUCCUCCAUUAUGGCAGCAGCAGCAGCUCCUUCCUCCUCCUCCUCGUCCUCCUCCUCUGCAACACUCGUAGCUUCUUCCUCCUGCUCCUCCUCCGCUGUAGCAGCAGCAGCGCCUUCCUCUUCCUCCUCCUCCUCCUCCUCCUCCUCUGCUGUCGUCACGUGCACUGCCUCUACGCCUUCGCCGAUUGAUGAAAACAUGACGUCCCUCGUGUUGUCCGACCCCCAACGGCCGUCGCCAUCAAACGCUGACACGUCAUGCUCUCAUACAGACACUACUUUCUCUUCCCCUUCUUCCCCUUCUUCCUCCUCUUCCUCCUCUUCCCUCUGCUUGCCGUCCUCGUCAGUCUCGUCGUUGCCCAGGACUGAGCAAGACCUUUCUUGCCCUGUGAAGCCCAGCAAGGCGAAAGUGAAGGCGUCGCUCGUCAAGGUGCUCAUGAGGAGGGGCGCUGCUUUGUGUGAACUGGGUGAUUUGCACAAGGCGUCUGAGGACUACAAGCAGGCCGUCUCUCUAGAUCCUGGAAACGAGGAGGCAGCACAGAAUCUCCUAGAAAUAUUAGAGUGUCUGGACCCUCUGGACUCUGAGGGACUGAUGCGACGCGGAGAUCGCAAGUACAAGCAAGGUCAAUUGGAGGCUGCCAAGCUGUCGUACACGCAAGCACUGUCGCUUCCUGCAGCUGCUGCUGAUGUCAGGCGUAAGUGCUAUGCCAAUCGAGCAGCCUGUCAUUUCCGAUGCCAGGACUUCACUACCGCCGUAAAGGACUGCGAUCGUGCGCUUCGGUGUCUCCUCUUUCCCGAUCUAUGCGCUAAAUUCAUUCCCAUUACCAAGCGUAGUUGCGAUACCGGCAAUGAUCGCGGCGGCAAGGGUCCGCACAACCUUCCAGAUUCAGAAGAGAGACAACGACAACAACAGCAGAAGCAGGAGCAGCAGGACGAAGAGGAGGAGGAGGAGGAGGAGGAGGAGGAGGUUCAGAAAGAACAGAAGGGUUGCCGGCAGGGAGAAAAGAAACAGCAUUGCCAACCGAAAGGAGAGGAAAGCGAGGUUGAAGAAGAAGAAGAAGACGAAGAGGCCCGAGAGAUGGAGAGAGCUCACUCGGCGGCCAUAGCCGUCGCAAUCAAGCUGGCCAAAGAGAAGGGGAAGAUAGUGGAGGGGGUCAGCAACAAGCGAAGAAGCCUGAACAACGCUGCCCUACCGAACGCGAUUCCCAGCCUCUCUUCAUCCCCCGCCCACUGGUCGGGGGGUGUUCGAGAGGGGGGAGAGGGGGGGAACUGCCCUCGAGCCCAACCACAGCCGGCGGGGCCUCUCGAUCACAUCCCCAACUCCAACCUCGUUGCUACUGCUGCCAACGAGUCGACUGUCGGCCCCGAGCAAUCUCAGCCGUUGGUCGUUGAUGGAAGAUGGUCCUCGGGCGACGCCAACGACUGCGAGAACGUCGGCUUCGAGGGCCCGGAGUGGGAUCUGGACAAGAUCAAGGAUGCUGGCAGCAAGCCCAGGUCGCUCAUCAAGCUUCUGUCGCGCCGUGCCUCUGCCAACGCUCACCUCAGACGAUACCAGCAGGCCAGGGCAGACCUACUUGCCGCUUUGGAGCUGGGGAAAGCUGCCGGCGAUCAGCAGCUCGUGGACGAUCUUUCCCACGACUUGCUGACCGUCGAUUCUAUCAUCAGCAAAUAAAUCUCCGUUAUGAUCGUCGACCGUCGAUUUCUAACAAUGCUCGCCACUGGACGAUA